CAUACUGGUUAUGAUUCAAAUCAUCAAGUCCACAUACUUUCGACAUGUGAUGAGACAGAGGUCAGACAAUUUCCUCAUGAAGAUUACUUGAAACAAGCUAAAUCAAGACUUGAAUCUUGGGUCAAAGUCAAUGAGUCAAUUCUUAAUGUUUUUGAAUCUAAUGCUCAAAAUUUAUAUAAAUCAUUUUCAUCCUGCUCUUCUAUUUAUUAUAAUUAA